GGGGCUUGAGGCUUUGCGGCGGCUGCGCUACGGCGAAGAGGCGAAGGAGGCAGCGCCGAGCCCUUGCUUUCCGCGGACGCCGCGAUGCUGCUGGCCGUGUGGGGCUUCCUCAAGCGCCACAAAAAGAAAUGCUUCUUCCUGGGCGCCUUCGUGGGCGGAGUUUAUGUACUUGGAAAAUAUGGACAGAAAAAAAUGAAAGAAAUCCAAGAAAGAGAAGCUGCAGAAUACAUUGCACAAGCACGAAGACAGUAUCAUUUUGAAAGUAACCAGAGGACUUGCAACAUGACAGUCCUGUCAAUGCUUCCAACAUUAAGGGAUACUUUGAUGUAUCAACUGAAUUCUGAGAGCCUCACUUCACUGCUGAAGAAUAGACCAGCCAACAAAUUAGAAAUAUGGGAAGAUUUGAAGAUUAUAAGUUUUACAAGAAGCAUUGUAGCUGUAUAUAGCACAUGUAUGCUUGUAGUUCUUCUACGAGUACAGUUAAAUAUUAUUGGUGGAUACAUCUACCUGGAUAAUGCAGCAGUUUGCAAAAACGGCACAACACCUCUAGCUCCCCCUGAAGUCCAACAGCAAUAUUUAUCAAGCAUUCAGCACCUUCUAGGAGAUGGUUUGACUGAAUUAAUUACUGUGGUUAAAAAAGCUGUGCAGGAUGCAUUUGGGAGUGUUUCUCUCAAACAUGCUCUUUCUCUCUUGGAUUUGGACCAGAAGCUACAAGAAAUUAGAAAGGUGAUAGAACAACCUGGAGAUGGGUCGUCAUCUGAAGACACUGGAUCCCAGUCUCUGCUGUGUCAUUACAUGAUGCCAGAUGAAGAGAAUCCAUUAGCUACGCAGGCCAGUGGACUUACAGAAGGAGAUGUGGCUACUAUUAAAUUACUUAAUGAGACAAGAGACAUGUUGGACAGUCCAGAUUUCAAUAGAGUUUUGAGUUCAUGCAUAAAUAGAGGGUUCAGUCGCUUAUUGGACAACAUGGCAGAAUUCUUCAGACCCACUGAACAGGACUUGUGCCAUAGUAGUUCCAUGAACAGUCUUUCUAGUGUCAGUCUUCCUUUAGCCAAGAUAAUUCCAAUAAUAAAUGGGCAGAUUCAUUCAGUCUGCAGUGAAACACCUAGCCAUUUUGUUCAGGACCUCCUAAUGAUGGAACAAGUGAAAGAUUUUGCAGCUAAUGUCUAUGAAGCUUUCAGUACCCCUCAACAACUAGAGAAAUGAACUGCACAGCGGGGUGUACAUAUGAGCCGUAGUGCCCAGUCCUGUGAAUACUUCAUUUGAUAACGAAUCUCAUCAGAAUGGUACAAGAUUACUAAUCCCUGCAAAAAGAAUGUCUUUUGAGAAAAUCCAACAGUUAGGUUUUAUAUUGAUAGAGCUCACCAGACUUAAGUAAAUUUAAGGGGGAGUAUCAUGACACCGCAAGCCUUUGUGCUGAGGCAGUCUGAGUUACAAAUCACUUGUUUACAAAAGACUAAAAUAAAUCUGCCUACAGUAAGUCCUCUCCCCCCCCCCGCCCCC